AUACUGUAUUUAUUUCCGCACCGCGUCACCCAGCCCCAUAUCAUAUAAAUCAUAAUCUUUCGUUUUAUGUUUGCUUCUACCAUUUUUUUUUAACAGCUCACCCAACCAUCGCAGAAACGCGCACAAUGACAAACGCACACAAUUGUUUGGGUCUAGAAAAUGUCAUUUACUUGACAAUCCUUAUUAUGAAGCAGAGGGCAAAAAAAAAAAAGUGGGGGGAGGGGCAGGUCAUACAUACAUGUACAUAUUUCGACAACAUACCUCAUCAUGUCCAUAGAUAUAUAAUAAUUGCACUUAAUAGAGAUACUCCCCCACAUACGGAUCGACAUAAAUAAAUAUCAUACAAGCACACAAGCAAGUACCCGCCGCCACGUUUUCGAUUCGAGCUACGGAGAGGACACCGUAAUAUUAGGUACAACUGCACAGUGUAAUGACACCCGGCACGAGAGUCGUGGUCUUAUUCUCUGAAAGACGGAAUUUGCGAUACAGCUCUCGUACUGCAUUUAAUUAAACUGCGUACCUAAUAUGUCCAGUGAAUGUUAGCCCCCCCCCAAAAAAAAAAAAAAAAUUAAAACAAAACAAAAAAAAAAAAGUCGUUUUACUUGGCCUGAGCGCCACAGUUGAUUUCGAACUGCGGCGGGCGAUGUGAAAAUCAACCGAGACUUGGCGGGGUGGGGGGAAAACCCUGACAGAAUAUUCAUCAUACUCGAGGGGGAAAAAAAAAUCGAUUCGUUAGUAAUGCGUGGCACAAAGAAAUAUUCACAUCAUUUGUCCACCCCCAACUCCGUACAAUUGUACUGGAGAAGCCUGAGUGUUCACGAUUUUCUCGGAGUGGGCAAGCGGAUUCAAGUACAGUCGCUUUAUGUUGAUGAUAAUUAUGGCUAAUAACGGUCGCUGUAGGUGCUGUACAACGUUAUGAGGGGAAAAUCAGCAUCUCUGCUCAUGAUUAUCGUUUUCUUGCACGCGGCGGGGAACAGACAGCGGACACUCGCAACUCGGAAUUCAACCAAAAAAUUUCAGGGGAAAACGGAAUCAGGAUUUGGGGGCGGAGCUGUGAUUCUUAAAAAUAUCAUACAUGGACUUCCUCAAGUCAUAUGCGGAUGAAUAACUGGACAAGAACCGGUCAGUUGCAUGGAACUGUUAAAUUCAAACUGUUUUUAAACUAUUUGGGUACAAUUUGGAACUCAUUAUGGUAUUUUAAUUUCCGUCAUUAUGGUGGCAGGAGAGAUUAACUCAUUCUUUUUCUUACCCUGCCCAGUCAACUGCAGGAUCGGGGGCUUUUGUUACCGUGACGAAUGGCGGCCGGCGAUACGGGCGCUGCGACAAGAUGGACGGCUUCUAUUUGCGCAACGGCACCCUCGAGAAACAAGAAACGCGCAAGACGGAGGCCCUCCGUUGACGCUUGGAAGGAAGAACGCCAAUGAGCUUUUCCUGCUGGCAUCGUUAAACACCGACAGCGUCCCGCCGCAAGCAUGGAGCUCAAGCUGGACGUCAUUUUGACCUCCAGCAUCAAACGAAAGAAGCCAUGGCCACGUUUCUGCUGGCUUGGACAGGAGAAGGAGUGCGUCUUCAUGGUUGACGACAAACGGAUCAGCGAGAUCAACAUGGUGUCGGGUCGCACCAAGAAGAAGACGCCCAAACUUCAGCCUUUUCUCAACAACGUGGUGACCAUGGCUCCCUCGCACAAUGGGGUUUGGUUCUGCGGACUUUUAACCUCAGGGGAGCUCUUUUUAUGGAACAAGGACAAGGACGUGCUCAGGACCGUAGCGGCUGUCCCUGAAGUUGCUCAGAUGAUUACUGCUAUUCAAGGAAAUGGCGGAUCGCCAUCCAUCCACGUGUCGGGUGACGGCACGCGUACGCUGCUGGCCACCAAACUGGGGCAAGUGUUCCUAUGGGAAUGUACGGACGUGGAGGAUUUAGCGCUGGGCCACGAGGGCUCGGUCAAAGGACGCUGGGCGCAAAUACAGUCGCCGCAAGACAACCGCCUGCCCACGUCGAAGGACAAAGAGGCGUCGCAGUGCGGCGUGUUCGCCAAGAGCCAGGUCGUGGGGGAUGUUUGCUUAUCGGCAUUUGUGUUCACCUCUGCGAAGAAGCUAAUCGUUACCUGCCUUAAAGUUCAGUGGACGGGAGACCGUCUGAGUUUCGGCACAUCGGGGUACAGCAUACAGUGGGCCACAAAGUCGUACCCCAUGUCGCGGCUCAGCCCACCCUGCCAAGGAGUCAAGUCCAGAGGGGCGCUGGUGGUCGGCUUUUCCCCCGACGGGCAGCUGCUGGCCGUCGUCCUGAACCAGCGGCAACCCAAAGCUACGCAGGUUCUGUUCGUGAGCACGCAGAAUUUUGUCUCCGUGUCAAGCGGCCUCGGAAGAUGCGGAUGUAAAACGGAGCAGAUCCCGUCCAAAUACAUAAGGUCAUAUUGGGUAGGCGGUUUGAGCUGGUCACAUGACAGCCUUUUCCUGGCCUGCGUUCUGAAGAGAGGCGCCCUUCUGGUCCUGGUUCGCCUCGGCGGGCUCCUCACGCUAAACAGCUCGGGUUGCAAGACCGACUUUGGACCCGCACAGUUCCUUCCCCUUCACCCACUGGUCACUUACCGGCCACCCACCGAAAGAGCGGAUGCCCACCUGUCCAGCUCCAGCGUGUCGGCGCGGGACGCCAUGCGGCAGCGCUACUCCGUCGCGUGGCACCCGCGGCUCUUGUACUGCAUCGUGUCAGACGGUUACAUGGCCACCGUGCUGAGGGUCCUCGACAGGCCUUCCCCCGCCAUGUUGGUGAAAGCUCUGUUGGACAACACCAGUAAGGAGCUUCAGAAGGCUUGCCAGCUACUGGAAAGGUCCCAGAUGUACGCGAGGACCCCGAUGGAAUCGUACCGCAGCCUGGACGCCAAGUCGUUCGCAACGAGCGGGCCUCACCCCGCAGACUCCGUCAGAUCUUCGGCCUUUCACGAAUCCUCCCUGCCGCUCUUUCUGCAGGACCAGAGCUCCUUCAGUGGCACCAAGGAGAUGUUUAAAAGAAUUCAGUCCUUCUUUGAGGACGACUCCGAUGUGGACGGCCCCCCUCCCGGCUCGCAGCUGUUGGACAGCGGACACUUGGAGUUUGCGUCCAUGUUCGACACCCUUCACGCUUUGGACACGGAGACAGACCACGAUCACGAAGAGGACUUCGAGCGGGUCGUGCGUCGUCUCCGUCGGGAACUCGGCAAGAUCCAGAACGGGCUGUUGACGGCGUGGGCUCUCUGCGUAUCUCUGGGGGCCGCGGUGGAAAACCAAGGCCACUUGCUGGAGUGCACCGUUGUACGCGCGGCACAGCUUGCCGCUUUGUUCCACUCGACCCCAACUGGUGCUGCCCACCCGGGAAGAACCGACCACUCCAGUUCUGCCCGUAUCCUGGAGCUCCUGAAAACACUUUUCUCAUUCCUGCCGUGGGACAACGCUCACUUGGACGGGCUUCCCGGCCUGAAGCUGGCGGUUGAGCUCAGUAAGCGGAUCGUCCACCUGCUGCUGGAACCGCCGCCAGAGUCCUGCCCGUCGGGUUUUGUCGAAAGACUUUCCGGAGCUGUGCUCGUCCUCCGGCUGGCCUCUGACGCCCUCGACUGCGCUUACAGCUUUCAGCGAAGGACCAUCUGGUCCUCAUUGGAGAAGGACCCUCAAGUCUCGGCUUCAGAUGUCCACCAUGUGCCACUCCUGCAGGACUGUGGGGGGAACCAGUCCGGAUUUGUCCAUCAGGGUCUGCCACUACCCCACCGACCAUCCAGCAGACUGUUUGGAGUGUGGGAGUGGGUCUACAAGGUGAGCCAGAAGUACAAGGAAGACACGCGAGACCUGAUGGAGGACAAGGACUGGGAGGAAGGAGACGAGGAGCACUUGUCAGCCGUCGUGUCGGAGAUCCAAGCGGCUCUGGAAGCGACCGGACAGAAACUCGAAGAGGAUUCCGCGCAGCUGAGUCACAAGGGUGAAGAACUAUUCCUGUGUGGCAUGUACCAAGACAGCGCGGAGACGUGGCGGACUGAAAUUUGGGAAGAGAGUCGAAAAUGUUGUCACCGCAGCGCCUUCCAGGAGACGCGACUUUGUUUGGCUCUUCUCUACAGCUUCUUGUCCCAGUACCAAUUGAGGGAAGCCAUGGAGUUGGGAGAACACAUGGCCCACUUGCUGCUGCACAGCGCCGGGUACCAUAAUAACCGCACGACUUGCACAUCAGCCGACCCCCUCCUGCCGACGAACCUUCACGACGACGCGGCCGUCGCCGUCAUUCAGACUCUGGCGAGGUUCAUGGCGUCCUAUUUUACCAAUCAGCCGCUCAACAUCCCGCCUGCGCACCACGUGGCCGUCCUGCCUCCGUUACAUCUACCUCACGGCACGAACGCGGGGCGCCUGGCGCCGCUGUGCCAGGAGGCGGCCGCCCGAGCGGUCCGCCAGCAGAACAUGUCGGAGAAGUGGACCGUGGACUACGCCCUGGACCUCCUCCUCCUCGGGGGUCUGCUCCCCGAGACGGCGUGGCUGGCGUCCAAGCUCGGCGACUGGAAGACGGCGGCCUCUCUCAGCCUCGCUUACGUGUACUACUGUGCGGGCCACUUGGACUUCACUCAGCUCAACAAACUAGAGCUUCAACUUCCAAAAAAGUUAAUCCCUGAAGGCAUCUUUGAAGCGGAGUUGCAGAAUCUUCUGGACGACGACAACGGAGAGCGCAGUGAUGAUGUCACUGAUACGAGAGUUACGGACCCUCUGGAAGGACAAGACUUGGAUGCAUUGCAGGGGUCUGCCCAGGAGAUACUAAAGGCGUCGGUUAUUGCUGGCGUGGACGUUUUAACGUCGCCGUUGACUUCCUUGCUGGAGUCGGCCAAAGAUUUGUGCUCGGGUCUCUCGGCUUUGGUGCACAACGGCCUGUACUUGCCGUCCCCGCCUCUGUAUUGUCCUCAGCCUUCCCCGAACACGCAGGAUCCGGUGGGGACGGCGGGGCAGCUUGCAGAGGUGGCGACGCGCCACAAAGUGUCGGGCGUCCUCCAGAGGAUCCUGCUGCUGCUCAGGUCUGCUCGAUGCUGCCACCCCGCUGCUCAGUGGUACGUCAGAAACCUGCGACGGGCCCACCAUCUAUUACACAAGAUCAAGACCAAGUAUGCGUACCCUUCAUUCCCCAAAGAGGAAAAGGCUCUCCCAGAGGACCUGCUGAAGUUCGUCUGCCGUGGUGGAUUCUUCAAAACGGGCCACGGCAAAGAUUUGGACCCUAAUUCCACUCAAACUAUCAUCUGUUUCAGGGAGCUGUGCGGUUUAUGCUGGAUGCUUCACGUCAGGGAUCGGCUUUCUCUUGCCUGCAGGAGGUAUCAGGCUGCCAGAAUGCAGCCGGACGCUGACGGUUCCCAAGUGCAUUCAUCCUGCCUGGACGCUCUCCUCUGGGCCCAUCGCUAUUUGCCUUUCUGUCACUUCCUGAAUGCUGAGGAAAUCCUGCAGGACCUUCUGCUCAGCUUGCUGGCCGAAUUGCCACCCCUCGAUUUGGUGGCAGACACGCUGGUACUUGCCUUCCCGGAGAGAGAAAACUCUGUUAGAGUUCCACUGAGGGAGAAGUACAAGUUGCUGCUGCAGAGCUUGAGGCAAUGCAAUGUCUUAGAUGAAGACAAACAGGCAGCCGGCAAGCCCGUGAAACGCGUGAUCCGGUCCAAACUCAGACAGAGGAAAAAGCACCUGGGCCGCUUGCUGAGGCACCUGGCCCCCCCGGAGCUCCGGCUGUGGGAGAAAGACGAGGACACGGACGACAAACGCGGGCCGGCGAGCGCCAGCGCCAGCACGUUCACCGACGGCGGAGAAAGCGCGCAGGACACAUCUGAGGGUGCCUCGCCCGACCCUCGCAACUCGUCCAUUCCAAGGGAGGUGAAAAGUCAACCAAAGAGGAGCGCUGUUCCAACAAAGAGGGCAGCUGAUGAUUUUGGGCGACCUUCCCUUCCAGUCGUCGGCACAUGGGAGUUUGAGCUGGAGGAUGACGAGUAUCCCGCCUUCCUCGAGCUCUUUCUCAGCUACAUGCUGGAGAAAGACGGCGGCGACAGGUCCGAGCCUCCCUUGCUCAAGUCCUUCUGCCCCGCUCUGCGCGACAGGGAGUUGCACUCGCUCACCUUCGACGUGCUCACCACCAUGCACCGUCGGCAAAAAGACGGCCAGCACCCGACCAGGAAACACGGCGGCGGCGAGCUCCCGGUUUUCCGAGCCGGUUGCUGUCGCGGGCAGGCGAAGAACUUUGCAAGCCCCGAGUCGCAAACUUCAGCGGCCUGGAUCGACGGUUCUGAAUCCAGAAGCAACAUAUCCGCGUUUGCUCUGCCUAAGCUUAGGACAGCGAGCCAAAUGGGUUUGUUUGGCUUCCGACGUCGGAAGGGAGACUCGCCUUCCGAUAAUCAUCAAAGCUUCUUGCCGUUCGGGUCUUCGACCGCCACGGAAGCCAUUGUAGAACUUCAACAGGUCCUAGAUUCUAAAUUAGAGAUGCGGUUCCCAGUGCUGGGCCGGCUCCUGGAGUGGAUGUUGCGCUGGGCCGACAAGCGGGUGCUUCUCGGCCAUCCUGGCAAGAAGAAGAAGCCGAAAGGAGCAGGGAAAGGCGAAGACGGGAUCGUCAUCCGCGUCAAAACCUCCACGCCGGCUGUGCUCACAUCGCUGAGCCUGCUGGAGCGCAGGUUCCUGCAUCUCCUCCGGCCGUGCUGCCCGGAAGCGCGGUCGACGUUCGCCCCGGUGCCGCAACCCGAGGUGGACGUGAGGCCGGAGAUAGAGAGUAGCAUUGAUAUCGGCUACCCGAAAUCGGCUAACACUCCCGUUCCUGCUCUGGAUCACAACGUAGAGCAAGGAGAAGUGUCUACGUCUGACACGGAUGAAUCAGAGGAACCCAAGUCCCACAGAACUCCUCUCCCCGAUCAGCCAGACGACCUCAACUCGAGCUCCCCGAUCCGGAGCUCCGCGUCGCAGCAACCGGGUUUUGAGGACUUGGAUGUCACGCCCGAAAAAGAAGGCAAAAGCAGCGACGACCGUUCCGAGCAGUCGUUCUCUCUCUCUAACGGGAUCCUUUGCUCACCACAAGCGAGCUUAAAGCACGGAGAACUGAUCGGGCCUUCCUGUUCCACAUCCCUCCUCAAUCAGGCCGGAAGCCAUCCAGUGACCCGGGCGAGUGGUUCAAUUCCCCAACUUCCCAACUUCCAGCCCCCGGCGUCCUUCCAGGCAGAGCUCCCCCGUUCGAGCCAAAGCCCGCAGCCCAACACGCCGUUAAACCAUCCGAGUUCCGUGCCUCACACUCACACAGCCGGCCCGCAGGAUAAUUUUGUCUCCGGCCAACCGUCCUCUUUUGAGACUCCGCCAAUGAGACAGCGUCUGGGUGAAGAUCUGUACCGGCUGGUCCAGAACAUCAACUACAUGAGCCUGAUGGAUGUUUUGGGGGCUUCAUUUUCCAGUCUGCAGCUCGCCCAGCAGAAUUCCUACAUAAAUCAAUCCAAUGUGAACCCUUUUCACCCUUACGUGCCUUCUUCGUCUUACGCGAGCAAUAUCCCACCCCAACAGAAUCCCCAACCUGCGCACACCCCCGCAGUCUCUCAGUCACAAAUUCACGUGCCAAAUCCACGAGCGAACAACCCUCGAUCCAUUCCAGCCUCUGCACCCGCGUCUCCCGUACACGGCACACGCGAAGGGGAUCAUGUCAGCAAUCUUCCCUGCAAUCGUAAUGAGGGAGGAGGAAUCUAUCAGGAAUUCCAGCCCCUUUCUGUGCAAGCGGAGUCAACAGACGUUCACUUUAAAGAAAGCGCGAGGUUCAUCCCGUCCAGCCAAGGGCUUCUGAUCACCUCGAACGCAAAUACGACAGCGCCCUCUGUCGGUAACAGUAAUACAGACCCGUCCUCCCGAGUUUGGGGUCUCAAGUUGCUGGACCUGGACGGCGGUGGGAAAAGUGACAAGAGAAGGACUUCAUCGGCCCCGAAGAGACUCCUGCGAUUCAGUCGGAGCGCUCACUCGGAGUCCAACACGAGGAACUCUCAUGACCACAAUCCCACGUCCAAGGCGACGGAUGGACUUCGUCUGCUGCACUUGCUGCCCGGAGCCCGAGGACACAUCGACCUCCCCAAACUACCCUCGCGACCUCCUCCCCCCAAGCGCUUUUUUGUCCCCACAAUGCCGCUGGUAGAAACUCACAAACUCCAACUCCUGCGGAUAGAGCCCGAACCGAGAAAGAUGCCCACCCCGGCGCCGAGCUCGGUCCAAAAGGCCCGCCUUAUCUCCCUGGAGGAGCUGGCCGUCUUAGUGGCGGGGAGGCGCAACUCCGAGGAGGCUCGGCUGCAGCUCCUCCGCGUCAACGACUCCGGUGAAGCGCACCGUGGCGCCGCGGCUUCUUCCGCCUCCAGCAAGAGGCAGAAGAGGAGGGAGAGGGCGCCGAGGGCAAAUCCGCCUAAUGAGAACAUCACCACCACGCAAGAGCCAAAAGAAGAACUAGAGGAAAUCACCCCUACUCGGGAUUGUGCCAUUCAACGCGGCGCCAGCCCGACCCCCCAGGGAACCGGUCGCCCCGUGUCGACCGGCCGCACGCUAUUGGACAAGGCGAGAACGACUUCGGCCGAGCUCCACGCGUUCGCCUCCACGUGUAAAAGAGCCCCGGAGUGCCUCGAUGCGUUCACCAACACGGAGCCAAGGUCUUCUCCAAUCCUCGUGGACAAAGCAGUGUCCCCUCAAGCCACACUGUUAGCCGCUACUUCUACGGGCAAGUCGAAAGAACAGAUGUUCGAGAAAGUCCACAGAGAGAACCCUUCAAGGGACGCAAAUGACAUCUCGCCAGUCCAAGAAAAGAGGAAUUUGGAUCUGAGCGGCCGCAACUUUCUGAGUGUCCUGGACAUCGAAGAGGGGACGCAGCAUCAGGAUUUGCCCCCUGCCAGCUCCGGACCGAAAGAGGCUUCCUCCGUGCCUCCCGUACUCACGCCUGCCCAGCUUCACUUGCUCGCCGCUUCCAUCGUUAAGAGUGCUCACCCCGCUGAUGAGAAAACCGCCAAAACCGUCACUCGAACAGAUCUCUGCGACGGCACCGCUGAGUCCAACAGGGAACCAGUCAGCGUCCACUCUCAGGAUGGACCCAAUUCCAGGCUUUGUAAAGUAAUCAGCACAAGAAGAGAGGGACCUCACAACUUGGAACCACAGAGUUUCUACUCCGAAGAGCUACCUGACUCAGAGCAUUGGAAAGCCAUCAGGACGAGAGGAAGAGAGAUACCUCAGAACGUGGAACCAGAGAGUUUCCACUCCGAAGAACUACCUGACUCUGAGCACUGUAAAGCCAUUAGGACAAGAAGAAAAGAGGGACUUCACAACUUGGAACCAGAGAGAUUCUACUCCGAGGAUCUACUUGACUCAGAGAACUGUAAAGCCAUCAGGACGAGAGGAAUAGAGAUACCUCAGAACGUGGAACCAGACAGUUUCUACUCCAAAGAACUACCUGACUCCGAGCUUUGUAAAGUCAUCAGCACAAGAAGGAGAGAGGGACCUCACAACUUAGAACCAGAGAGGUUCUACUCCGAGGAUCUACCUGACUCAGAGCAUUGUCAAGCCAUCAGGACAAGAGGAAGAGAGAUACCUCAGAAUGUGGAACCAGAGAGUUUCUACUCCAAAGAACUACCUGACUCCGAGCUUUGUAAUGUCAUCAACACAAGAAGGAGAGAGGGACCUCACAACUUGGAACCAGAGAGAUUCUACUCCGAGGAGCUACCUGACUCAGAGAAUUGGAAAACCAUCAGGAUGAGAGGAAGAGAGAUACCUCAGAACAUGGAACCAGAGAAUUUCUACUCUGAAGAACUACCUGACUCCGAGCUUUGUAAAGUCAUCACCACAAGAAGAAGAGAGGGACCCAACACCAUGGAACCACAGAGUUUCUGCUCUGAGGAUCUACCUGACUCAGAGCAUUGUAAAGCCAUUGGGAUGAGAGGAAGAGACAUACCUCACAACUUGGAACCAGAGAGGUUCUACUCCGAGUAUCUACCUGAAUCGGAGCAUUGUAAAGACAUCAGGACGAGAAGAGAGAGACCUCACAACUUGGCACCAGAGAGAUUCUACUCUGAGGAUCUACCUGACUCGGAGCAUUGUAAAGCCAUCAGGACAAGAAGAAGAGAGAGACCUCACAACUUGGAACCAGAUAGAUUCUUCUCCGAGGAACUAGCUGACUCUGAGCUCCGUUCAGCCAUGAAGACACCAAGAAGAGAAAUACCCUGCGGCGAGGAGCCAAAGAAAGUUUCUCUGCAUUACAGUGAAGAUUCAACUGAUUCUGAGCAUUCCAAAGCCAUCAAGACCCCAAGAAUAGACGGGCCUCCCGAUCUUCCAUCCGAAACGGCCGCAAUCUGGUUCUCAUCCCACAUGAACAAGCUGGAUUCACAGCUGGCUGCAUUGCAGAACAUCGCCAACUGCCUGGAGAAGGACCUGCCCCAGUCCAGAUUGCCAAAGCAGAAGCCGCGGCAAGUCUCCCCAUCCUCACCUCCGAAUUUGAGGCCUGCAAUAAAAAAAACCGUGAGGUUGUUUCUCCCUGCGGAACAGCCGAAAACACCGCCAAAACACGCUUACAGCAGUGUGAGAAAGAACAUUCUUGAAACUGGAGCCCGGCAGUCUCAUUCUCUGACUGAACCAGAACCUGACAUUUGCGAGGAGGAUGAAGGGAUUGAGGAAGAAGAAGAAGAAGACGUGUUUCGCAACGACAGGCGCCUCCCUGACAAAAAGCCGCCGGCUCUCCAACCGCCGUCAACUUCUCAGCUUCGUCACGACCACCAAAGCCAUCCAAAACAUCUGUCAACUGAAACUAUGGAAACAUUUGAUGAGGCAGCCGAAGAGAAUCUGGACCAGACAGGGCUGUCCGAUACAACGGAGAUCCUGGAAGGUUUAGUGCGAGAAGGUUAUAUAUCCCAAACUGACCUGGAUGCGUCUUUAUCAAACACGCUCGACGACAGGAGGGAGCGCCGAGAGCCGAGCCGGCAGAUCCCACCGGGGCAAGCUCUCCCCGACGAGGACGACGACAGACGCGAGCUGAAGAUGUGGAUGAGACGCAAGCAGAGAGAGAGACACUCGGUCUAUCAAAAACAGAGAGCCAACCUGCGCGAGAAGGAGAUCAAACCUUUUUCCAGAACAUCGAAAAAGACCAGCCAAGCCACGAGCAGGAGAAACACACAAGAGAAGCAAAAGGCCACACUUUUGAAACAGUUCAACCAGAGGCUCCACGAUGCCGCCUUGCUGGCAGAUCAACUUCGCACCAGCCCCUUUUCCGGCUCUCGGGUUUUAGUCAUUGAUGCUCCCGUGCUGAGGUCCUCCUCAGCUCCGCCCUCCGCUAGCAAUUGCAGCAAAGAGAAGGGUCUGAAGCGUCCCUCGGGCCAAACGCAACGUCGCCCUUGGACUGCCGAAGCGCCUGGAAGACCUUCACAGGACCGCGUGAGGACUGAACUGCAGCAAAGAUCAGGGGCCGCUCUGUCGAGGGAGCGUCCGAUCACCUCCGUCGGGCCCCACCAGGACCAGGACUUCACGCAGCAGGAUGUCAAUCAGUUACUGUCCGAAGUGAUGGACGAGCGGGACGACGGCGCCGGAGCGGGCGUGGCCGGUAUGGACUGGCUGGACAGACUGACGGAGGGCGGAGGGAGUCUCAGCGAGGUCGACUGGGCGGCCAUCGAGAGGAUGGCGGCCGUAGAGGAGAACGGCUGAACGGGCGGAUCUCAGGCAAAAAUGAACACUCACGGGAAUUUAUGGUCCUUUUUAAUAUGUCGGUACCAGAGGUUGAACCAGACUUUUUUUAAUACAGGCAAAAGUCAGCUAUUUAAAUUACUACUAUUCAUUUUUCAAUGUUUUAAACAAUAAUUAUUCUCCAUAAAAUUUAAUUUCCCCUGAUAUUUGCGGUUGUCAGGAACGGAUUAAUUGGAUUCGCAUCUUUUCCUAUGAAAGUGAUUGUUUCUGAUUUUGUGCGAUCUGGUUUUAAACAUUUUGGAAAAGAGUAAUCCCUAAAAUAAAUAUUACACAUUAUAGUAAAAUCGAAGGGCAUUAAAAUAAUUUUCAAGCUGUAGAAAAUUAAAUGGAAAAAAAUAUCUAAAAAAAAAAAAAUAUAUAUUGUAUAUUUCUAUAUGCAUAAAUAGAGGGAUAUUAACAUCUCGUCCUACAUAAUACAUCUACAUAGUACAGUACUGUGUACAUUGGUAUUUUUCUUCAUAGAAAAACAAUUUUUCUAAAAAAAUGUUUUUUUUUGGGGGGGGGGGAGCACUAUUAAAAAUAAAUUGCAUUUAUUUCUACAGGGACAGGCGAUUUGAGAUAAGAGUGACUUAUGACCAUGAUCGCAUUAUGACUUGAGAUUGUAAUUCAAGGUAUUACUCUAUGGUGCAUAGUUGAAAUAAAGGAAAAUGAAAUUUGCACUCGAGAUAUGUUCAUAGGUCAUUGUGACAUUCAUAAUGUAUUUAUCAUAGAGUAGCCUAUUUGUUGGCAAUUACGGUGCAUUUGAAAAGUGUUCGUUGUUUCCACAUUUUAUGUUACAACGUCUUUACAAAAAUGAAUAAAAUAAAGCAAAAAAAUUCUGAACAUUC